AUGGCUGUGCGAAGAUUUACAAGGUUUCCGCUACCUUGCCUGCAUUGUCCAAGUUGGCGUUUGAGCCUUCCAAUUCGUUUAUAUAGGCAAUCCAACCCGCCCCAAAUCCUGAUUUCAAUUUCCCCCUUUACUCCUCCCCGCUUGAGCAUGUCAUUCUCCUCUAGACAUGACGAGGACAAGAACGCCCGUCCAACUCUCCCUUCUAUUCGCGACUUAUUCCCAGUUGAGCUUGAGCUAUCAAGGCGACCAAGCACCGCUCCCCACGAAUCCCCGACCUUAAAACUUGCCGGACUGCGUGUUGAUGACGAUGGCGAAAACAGAAUGAGCUCGGAAAGGCCUGAUAGAUCAUGCAGAAUGCCAUACGACAGCCUUGGCAAACUCCCGGCGAGACACUCCGACCCGUCGUUGGACUUCAAACGCGGAGAUUGGGCACCAUCUCAUGGCCGUCCAAGCCCGUGGUAUGGUAAAGCCAUUAACGCUAGUCCCCCGACCUUCAACGCCGUUUCCUACGGCGGACCGCCCAAUUCUCAGCCUCUGAGCGUCCUGGGCACUGCACUACGAGAGAUCCCACCCCACCAAAUCCCGCCUCAUCGGAAUAAACCCCCCAACUAUCACGAUCACCGAAGGGCAGAGUAUUCUUACGACCCCAUUCCGUUGACUCGCCAUAGAUCGGAAAUUGCAUUAUCCACUCGUGGUCCGUGGCCAGGCACGAUAUCAACCUCUGUGACGAGGAGUACGAGUAUGAUGGAGGACGAUGAACGCACACCAAUUGCUCGCCCAACUCAUACCACUUCUGCUGCGCCUAAUCCUCCCCCGUCCACUUUCGCUCGACGGAGUUCAAUGGAUAGCUCAGCGCUGGGUUCCGCGAAAUACGAAUGUCACUUCUGUGGCAAAGGCUUUACCAGACCCAGCAGCCUUAAGAUACACUUGAACAGCCAUACAGGAGAGAAACCGUUCGUAUGUCCGGUCCCGACUUGCGGGCGGAGUUUCAGUGUUCUGAGCAACAUGCGCCGUCAUGCCCGAGUGCACAACACCGUUCCCCUUCAAGACCCCAAUGCUGAUGACGGUUCCGGGCCACCCUCGACGGCCUCUAGUGCAGAAGGCUUCUUCGCCGCUCGCCUUGCGCGUCGAGAUAGCAUUGCGUCGACUUCCAGCAGUAGUUCCCGCAGGAGCCGUAGCUCCUCUGACGAUCUGGACGACUAUGAUCGCCCGGCUGAAAAACGCACUCGGCGCGUUUCAUAG